AUGUAUGUAUACAACCAACUUAGUCAAAACAUUGAUCAGUACAGAUUAGAUCUUUUGGGGAUCACCGAGACUCACAUGCCUGGAUCUGGCACCACUCUACUGGACAAUGGCAGUCUACUCAUCCAUUCCGGUAGAGUCGACGGGAUCAAGAGACAGGGAGUCGGUCUCAGUCUUUCAAAACGAAUCAGAAACUCCCUGAUAUCGUUCACUCCCACAUCGGAGCGGGUUUUAACUGCUAGGCUGCAUAGUAAGCAAAUCAACAUCUCUGUUGUUGUGGCCUAUGCUCCAACUGAGGGUGCAGAGGAGAGUGAGAAAGAUAAGUUUUAUAGGACACUCACAGAUACAUUUGAUGGGCUACCUCGUCACGAUAUCAAGUUACUGCUCGGCGAUUUUAAUGCAAAAGUAACAUCAGGCAGAUAUGGAAGUGAAGCGGUCAUCGGUGGGGAAUCACUCCACAGCUCAUCAAAUGACAACGGGACAAGACUUGUGGAUUUCUGUGCGACGAACCAGCUUGUCAUCGGGGGAACUCUCUUCGAGCACAAGAACAUUCACAAGGGAACAUGGCGGUCCCCCAACGGGCUCACCGUCAAUCAGAUAGAUCAUAUCCGCAUUGGAAAGCGGUUUCGUCAGUCACUUUUUGAUGUUAGGGUAUGUCGCGGGGCAGACAUCGGUUCCGAUCAUUAUCUGGUUCUAGGACUGCUGAAAAUCAAACUUCAGUCAGUGACAAAGAUCAACGCCAACAGGCCCAAUGUGCCUGCCAUUGAGCGCCUGAGGGAUAGUACUACGGUUACAGAGUACAAUGUGGCUCUUCAAAAUCGAUUUGCAAGUCUGGAUAAUGAGGUCAACCUCGAGGAUAUGUGGCGUAAUAUCAGUCAGACCGUCACUGAUGUCUCACUAGAGGUACUAGGCAAAAGACCCCGGAAGGCAAAGGAGCAACACCUGUCACGGAAGACCAAGGAUUUAUUGAUUCAGCGGGCACAGUUUAAGCGCAAAGACCCAAACUCGGACGCUAACAGGUCAGAGUAUUCUAAACUUAAUAAGUUAGUCAAGAAAAGCAGCAAGCUAGACGACAAUAACUGGGCAGUUAGAGUAGCUACUGAUCUUGAGGAAGCAGCGAGCAAAGGUCAGCAGCGUGAGGUAUGGGCAAAGAUCAAGAAGAUCUCUGGUAAGAACAAGAAGCCUCAAGCAUCUUGUGUCCGGGACAAGGACGGUAGGAAGAUCACGGAUCCCCAACAGCAGAGGGAUAGGUGGAAGGAGCACUUUACUGAACUUCUGAACCCUCCAUUAUCAAGUGUCGACCUUGCCGACCUUGAUACAGUACCACCCCAACCCCACUUUAACUCUCUCUCUUGUUCGGAUGGACCACCCACCAGAGACGAGAUUAGUUAUUCCCUGACAAAGCUUAAGAACAACAAAAGCCCAGGAGUGGACGGGAUAACUAACGAGCAACUGAAGUAUGGUGCGAGUGCUCUAGUUGAUCAACUAGAGUGUCUAUUCAAGAAAGUGUGGGAAGAAGAGACUGUUCCUGAAGAUUGGUUAAAGGGUGUGAUCAUUGUUAUUGGGAAGAAAGGAGACACUUCAGUCUGCGGGAACAACAGAGGGAUCACCUUAAGGCAGCGUUUGAUUCUAUCAGAAGGGACUUUAUUUGGUGCAGUAUGA